GAAAGCCAGCCCGAAGCUCGCCCGCUUGUUGUGGAGCGGGUGUGGUUGUUCCGCUGAGCGGUGGCCGUGACAAAAUUCCGGUUGGACCACGACGAAAAAAAGAGAGAAACCCAAGCCCCAGCCUUGUGCCAACAACGCGUGGAAGGUUUUCCUCGACUCUGGGAUUUUUUUAGGAGGUGGAGGUGAUUUUAGGAGCGAGAGAGGAGCUAGGAAGAAGGAGCGAAAAUGGGGUGCUGUGACGCGUGCAUCAGGUGUUUAGGGCGGAUUCCCUACGCCUCCCUCAUCGCCACGAUUCUUCUGGCGGCCGGAAUCGCCGUGUUCUGCGGAUCCUUCUACACCGCCGUCAUCCAGACACGGACGCUCUUCAGCUUCGGUGAUGCUAGAGCCGUUACAGACAAUUUCAACAACCUUGUUGAAGCCCUGAAAUGGAGUGCCGUGGGCAUCACUGCGUUUAUGGGCGUGUACGCCUUUAUCCUGCUCCUGAUCGGUUUCCUGGCAACCGGCGCCAGCAAAGAGAAGAAGUACUGCGGCUUCGGCACCGGCCUGGGCAGCAGGAUAACUGUCGCAUUCUUCCUUGUGCUGACGUACAUCAUCUUCAUCGGCUGGCUGCUGAUGUCCUGCAUGGGGGUCAUCCCCUCCCUCUUCUUUUACCUCACCGUCAUCGUGAAAGCCAAACCCUACACCGUCAAUGGCAACAACUGCCUCAAUCUGCAGCAGUUUGGCUUGGAUGUGGUUUUCAACACCACCGGCACACCAACCGUACCGGCUAAUACCAAUCUUGGUACCAACAUGUGGGAGUAUUGCGGCAAUGACUACAACAAAUUCCAGGCCGACGGAUUCCAGCUGUUCAACUUGUACAUCGUGGCCUUGGUUGGCGCCCUGGUCGUCACCAUCAGCCUGGUGCACUAUCUGAUGUGCUUGUCGGCGAACUACGCUCACCUCAAGGAUUCUGGGAAAAUUUACAAGUACGAGGAGACCAAAUACCGGGAAGAACAGGAGUUGCACAACAUCGUGACCAACUCCAAGGAAAAGCUCAACUACUGAUGAUGUCACUGAUGAUGUUCCUCACACACACUGAUGAUGUCAUCAUCUGUUGCUGGGCUCAUCAUCUGUUGUUCUAAAUGAUGUAAUAUUUGAAUGUCAUGCCCAAAUAAGGUAAUCGGUAGUGUCUAGUAGGAGUUUAAGUGUUGUAGUAUACAGUUCCAGUAUUAAAUCUGUGUGAAUGCCCACAGUGGAUAUAAAGUCAGUCAAAAGUAACGGACAGAAUAGAUGUUUUAACAAUUGGGGGCUUCGAUGCUGUCAUGGACUCUUCACCUUUAAGUUUGUAUAAUUAUUGUGAUGCCUGGAAGACUACACAACUACAAGUACUGUCAGUUCUUCGUGAGAAACAAUGGUAGAAUAACUGUUGAAAGACAAUUUGUAAUAGAAAAUUUUGGUGGUUAAGGGAUGGAGAAAAGACACCAUGGUUUAGUCCUGGCAUUAUAAAACUGGUUUUAGGUGGACCAUAGUAUCUCUACCACAUACAGUAUUCUUUGUAACACUACCGGUAGUAUGUAGAAAAAUAGUAUCAUUGUUACUGUCAUGAGCAAGCUCUUAUCCCAAGAUGAAAAUGAAUUCGAAUAUUACACAUUUUGUAUCAGUAAAAUUUUAUCUUGUUUUAAGAAGAAAGUAGUGCCACAUUUUUGGUUUUGUGAUCACAAAUGAAGGUGUUGUUUUGUAUUGUAGUAUCGAUAGUUGACUGGAAUGUGGGUGUAUGUUGUGGCAUCGCAUACCCAAACCUGUGCUAGGAACAAUAUGGGAUCCGUACGUAAUUGUACGAAACACGAAAACAAGAAUUUCACAACUCGAUGUAAAGAUAUGAAUUGUUGAUAUCCGUACGAAAUAUUGAGAACUCGAUAUUAUGUAUUCAGAUGAUGUAACACUGUCUGGAUUGAUGUUUUACAAUAUCAGCAUGCUAAAGACUGAAGUGGGCCAACUAAAACGUGUGACACUGUUCUCGUAGAUAGUCAAGAACUUAGUAAAAGCUUAACUGUGGCUUUAUAAUGAAACCUUCGAGAAAAAUUUUUGAAAAUCUUUGUGAGAGUGACUUUGUAUCUAAUGUACUCAUAUACAAGUACAGUACAUGUAAUAGCAUCAGAUGUUCAAUAGCUAGGGAUGACAAAAAUAUAAAUGU